AUGCUUUCGCUGGUCGCAAUGUUCAUGCCUCGAGUAUGGUUCCUGUCGCAUCUCAUAAGUUUUCUCAAGAAGGUCAGAAUCUGUGAAUGGAUGGUGUUACAAGCCCCAUGCGUACGAUUGUUCGCCACCCUUGGCAGUCUGGUAAUAUAUUUCGAGUACCAAGACAAAGGAUUAAUACCUUUGAAAGUACUUGAUUUCAUCACUCUCCCAUCAUUACUGGCUGGCAUCUACGCCACUCACAUUCUUGUGACAACUGUGUCCCGUCUGGUUCGUUGUUCGUUCGUUACUUCGUUCCCUUCCACUUUGAAAAACGUCAUUUCCAGGAUGAGCUAA